AUGCAUUUCACUUCGUACUUGUCAGUCGCCUUCUUAGCCUUGGGCUUGACUGUGGCCUCGCCCCAGGGCAGUCUCCAGAACCGUUCACCGGAGCCUCCUUUCAAGAAUGGCAAAUAUGUCGUCAGCCGCAGGGCCCAGUUCACCAACAAGAAGGUCUUUACUUUCCCCGGCAACAAGCUCCCCAAGGGGCUCACCGCGAGCAACUACCCGGCUGGGGACAGCCACAGCUUCCUCCCUGCCAACCUCAAGGUCCGUAACAACUACCUUGAGCUCCAUGUUCCUGGUGGCCAGACCAAAAUGCCGUACAAGUGCGCCGAGGUCAUCACCGACGUCCAGAACAUCAAGUACGCCAGCGUGCGAACUACUGCCAUUUUUAGCGAACCUGCUGGUGUUUGCAAUGGCAUGUUCUUCUACCAGAGCGACACUCAAGAGAUAGACAUCGAGUGGCUCUCCGAUCCCGAGUCGCAGUCCAACGCCGGCACCCGCCAUGUCUGGUUCACCAACCAGGACGAAAACGGAGAUGGCAAGAGCACCUACAAGGCCGUCACUCCUCCCAAGAACCCUACCUCGACUGAGCACGAAUACCGCGUUGACUGGACGGCCGGAUUGGUUCAGUUCUACAUCGACGGUAGAAGGAUUUGGCAGACUACCCAGGACGUGCCCACUGAGCCUGGUGCUUGGAUCUUCAACAACUGGUCCAGCGGCGAUAAGGGCUGGAGCGUUGGUCCUCCUGUCCAGGAGGCAGUUUUCAAGAUCAAACAGAUCGAGAUGUACUACAACACGGCUUGA